GUUGCCGGCUCCGCCAUGCCCCGGAUGCGUUCGCUGUUCGAGCCUCCAGGCCUCGGUGUUGGUCCGGGACUGCGGCUGGUCACCUACACCGCGGCCCUGCCUGGCUCUGGCCUGCCAGAGGAUGAUGUGGUCAGUGAAGUACGGGCACCGCUCGAGAUCUCUGACAGGAUGUACUGUUCUGCCUGUCAGUGCACCUUCGAGAACCGAGAGGAUCAGAAGGAGCACUACAAACUGGACUGGCACAGGUUUAACCUGAGACAAAGGCUGCUUGGGGCUCAACCAGUCACCACAGAGAGUUUUGAGAAAAUAGCAGGUGAGAUCUCCAGUAUUUCAGGCUCGGACUCUGAGGACUCUGGCUCGGACUCUGAUGCUGAGUUGGAGCACCCCAUCCAAAGUGCCCUUGGUCCCACAGAUGAGGUUCCUCCUGCAGAGGAGAGCAGACAAGGUCGGCAGAGCCUUCGCGUUCUCUUCCAGACUGCGGAUGGCGAGUAUCUUUCUGUAUAUCGCUGUGUCCUGCAGGGUAAGCAGGCCCUCAGGGAGAAUGAGAAUGAGGAUAGUCUCUUGUCAUCACUGCUCAGCCUCAACCCUCAAACUGUCUGGGUCAUUCUGAUGACAGGCGGUGGACAUUUUGCUGGAGCUGUAUUUCGAGGGAAUGAAGCUGUUCUCCACAAGACGUUUCACCGAUACACUGUGAGGGCAAAGCGUGGAGUCACUCAGGGUGCAAAGGAUGCGCAGAAUAGAACCCGGGCACCAAAGUCUGCUGGGGCCUCACUCAGGCGUUACAAUGAAGCCGCUCUCGUCAAGGAUGUUGAGGAUUUGUUGCUGAGUUGGUCUGAAUUUCUGCAAGCAGCCAGUGCCAUCUUCCUCCGGGCUCCCAACUACAGCAAGAGUAUCUUCUUCAGCGGUAAAGAACCUGUCCUCCACCGGAGUGACAGCCGGUUACGAAGCAUUCCCUUCCACACCAGGAGAGCCACAUUCAGUGAAGUGAAGCGGGUGCAUGCAGUCCUUUCCAAUGUGGAAAUCUACGCAAGCAAUUCAGAUGUCACUGCAAUCCACAGCCCACAGAAAAGAGUUUGGAAGGAGAAGCUGAAAGUGGCGAGAGAGGCAUCAGGUUCUGACACAGAGGAAUGUGAUGGAGAGGUUUUCAGUCUCGCUGAAGCACCGACUUCCUUAGAAAUAUUGGAAGAAACACUGGGAACGUUGGAGCUCAAGGAAUUCGACAUGUCCCCGAAAAAGAGAAAGAAGAGGAGGAAGAAAAAGAACAAAGUUAAUGAGAAGAUGGUCCGGAGCCAAGCUCCUGACGUGCUUCUUGAAGAGGGAGAUGAUGAGAUGACACAAAAUGAAGUGACAGAUGCUGUUGAUUCUAGAGCUGGUCCGUUCUCCACCGAAGAAAAGCAGACCAAGAUGCAGCUGCAAAAUGCUCGAGUAAUUACUGCUGGGCUUUCUGAGCAAGAGAUUGAAUAUUAUCAAUUGAAGAACGAUUUGUAUACAGCAUGUAAGACUGGAAACAUAGAGCACCUGCAGGGGUUACUCCGCAAUGUGUUUUUGCUUCACAAUACUGAACAUGGCCACUCUGACCAGAUCAAGUCUUCCAGUGAGACUGAGAGUGCAGUAGGAACUGAUGAGCAGCGACAAUCACAGAGACCCAGGCAAACAGGUCACAGUGAAGAUAAUGAGGUGGGAUUAGAGUGUCGCCUGGCGAACAGGCUUAACCCUGGAUCUCCCAUAAAGCAGGGAUUGUGUCCUUCUGUGGGGGCGAUGUCGAUAUUAUGCGAGGUGCUGGAUGAAUCAGGAUUCACCCUUCUACAUGUGGCAGCAGCAUCUGGUCAGGCUGCUGUUGUGCGUUUGCUGAUGGAUGCAGGCUGUGAUCCUGCCACAAGGGAUAAACAUGCUCGUCCAGCUUAUGCUGUUUCUGCAAACAAGGAGACAAGGAAUGAGUUUCGUCGUUACGUAGCAGCCCACCCAGGGAGAUAUGACUACAAAAAAGCACAGAUUUCUGGACCACUAACCUCUGAAAUUGAAUUAAAAAAAGCUGAGAAAAGGCGAGCACAGAAAAUGGCAAAGAAACAAAGAGAGAAAGAACAGAAGGAACAGAAAAAGAGACUGGAAGAAGAGGAAAUCGAGAAGAAAAAAUAUGCAGCUAUGAGUGAGCGAGAAAAGCGUGCGUUGGCUGCUGAGAAACGUUUCGCCCAGCAGUUGGAAAACAGAAUAAAUAAUAUAAGACGCUGCUGGCUUUGUGGAGAAUCUCUGUUGGGCAGAGUUCCCUUUGAGUACCUGGAUUACAGUUUCUGCACCACUCGCUGCCUACAGGAGCACAGGAAGCAGCAGCGAAUGUGAGGGAAAAAUCCUAGGAACUGAUUACUGCACACAGACGCUGUUACCCCUAUGUGAUGAACCAUCGACAUGUAGCUUACAGACCGCCAAACUGCCCUACACAGUAGGAGGCUGCAGUAAGCAUUGACCGAGGGAGUUGUGCUUCCUCCUUUCGGACUCUGUCUGCCACUGCCCGAGUGUGUGGAACUGUCUCCAGUCAGGCUGUCACUGACUACUGAAAGGUGAGGUGUUGCACCAGAGCUGUUCUGCCAAUCCCCUUGCAUAGAAUGGACAAGGCCAUGGCCUGUGUUAACUGAUCAAAUUGGUCCUCUCCACAGUCACUAGUCCCUGAGGAAUCGGCCAGUGCUAAUCUCAGUCACUCAGACUGAGUGGACGUGGGGCAGAUUUCAUCCAGUGCAAUGAUCACUAUCCCCAAUCCAGAGGAUGGUUUAACCCUGUAACAGCAUCUGUAUGUCACAUCUUCAUUUGAGCUACAGUUUCUCAAUGGCAAUACCAGCAGGCACUGAUUAACAGUGAGCGUGGGAAAGGAAGCGUUUAAGAAUGAGGUUUCCUCUCCCUCUAAAAUUGGCCUUCCUGAUUCUUGUCAGGAGUCUGUGUGCUGAAUAUUGGGAUUUUACAUGGACUUUGCAGUGUCUCUACAUUCAUUCAAUAAAAGCUUUGUAAUAUUGUGGGAA